GAGAGAUUAAUCAAAGUCGUGCUCUUGACCCAAAACUUUAAAACAUUCAUAAGGCACCCUAAAAUAGAUUCUAACUUACAUAAUUUUGAGAGCACUAAACUAAUUAAAUAGUAUACCAGAAAAGAAAAUAGAGAGAAAAAGAAAAAUCUAUGGAUUCAGAGACGAAUAUUAGUAAGGAUGAUGAUGAAGAAGAAGAAACUAAGCUUCCAGGGUUUCGAUUUCAUCCGACGGAUGAAGAGCUUGUCGGGUUCUAUCUCCGACGAAAGGUCGAACAGAAACCUAUUACUCUUCAACUUAUCAAACAGAUUGAUAUCUACAAGUAUGAUCCAUGGGAAUUACCAAUGAGCAGUGUAGUGGGAGAGAAUAAGGAAGGGUAUUUCUUCUGCAAAAGAGGGAGAAAAUAUAAGAACAGCAUAAGACCCAAUAGGGUAACGACAUCUGGAUUUUGGAAAGCAACUGGGAUUGACAACCCUAUUUAUUCUGAUGAUCGUCAAUGCGUGGGCCUCAAGAAAUCACUGGUUUACUACAGAGGCAGUGCUGGAAAAGGAACUAAAACUGAUUGGAUGAUGCAUGAGUUUCGUCUUCCUCCCAAUCCCACCCUUUCUCAACAACCUGCAGAAGUUUGGACACUAUGUCGAAUUUUCAAAAGAGUAGCAACAUACAAAAAAUACGCAGCUGGAGAUUGGAAGCAAACAGCAUCGAAACCGAAAAUGACAUCGCCUCAAGAUCAAACAUGCAGCUUCGAAUCUGGAAACAGUAGCAGUACUGCAGAGAAACAUGUAUUCAUCAGUUUCAGAGAUUCAUCAUCAUCUUCAUCGUCAAUACUUCGACCCGCAGUUAAUGGAAAUCAAUUGCGUAUGGCUCAAUAUCCUCCUCAUCAUCAUCAGCUUAGCUCCAUAACUACUCAGAAUGAAGACUACAAUAGAGAUGAUUUCUUUGCGAAUCGAAACUGGGAUGAGCUCCGAUCAGUGGUUGGCCUAGCCAUUGAUCCGUCUCACCUGCCUUUUAAUGAUUAUAAAUGAUUAUAUACCUGCCCUUCUCUCCUUGCUCUUUUUUGUAAAUUAGGAUUGGGUAUAAAUUAGUACUGUUUUUACUCUUAACUUUAAAAUUACUGUUUAUAUAUAUUAUAUAUAUUUAGGUAUUAGCUAA